AUGAUACAGCUAGAUUUGCAAAAAGCAUAUGAUAUGCUUAAUUGGAAAGCCUUAGACACCAUUCUUCAUGAGAUAGGCAUCCCAACUCAGUUUGUGAAAUGGAUCAUGAAUGGUGUGAGCACAGUCACCUACAGGUUAUUGUACCAAAUGCAGCUGAAUCCUAACUACAAACAUCAUGCCAAAUGUAAAAAGCUUGAGCUCACUCAUUUAACAUUUGCUGAUGACAUUCUGCUCUUUUCAAGAGGUGACAUAGGGUCUGUUAGUCUUAUGUACCAAACCGUGCAGGUUUUUUCUGAUUCAACAGGGCUAGUUGUGAAUCCUUUAAAAUGUCAGGUUUACAUGGGAGCUAUAGAGGAGACAACAAAGCAGCAAAUUAUUCAGGUGAAUGGUUUUAAAGAAGGAAAACUCCCAUUCAGAUAUCUUGGUGUGCCUCUAACUUGCAAGAAACUUUCAGUGGCUUAUUACCUCCCCCUUGUUGAGAAAAUUCUGAGCAGGUUACAUCACUGGAGCACUAGAAUGUUGAGUUAUGCUGGUAGGGUUCAGUUAGUGAAAGCUGUAGGUUUUGCUAUAGCCAACUACUGGAUGCAGUGCUAUCCCAUACCAAAAAGUGUCUUGCAGAACAUUCAAGUAGCUUGUAGAACCUUUAUUUGGACUGGAGGAACUGCUCCCAGCAGGAAGUUUCCAAUCUCUUGGAAUACCAUCUGCAAGCCCAUGGAUAAAGGGGGCCUUAACAUACUGAAUUUGGAGAUAUGGAACACUAUCACUAUGAUGAAACUACUAUGGGGUCUGAAUAGGAAAAAUGACUGCCUUUGGGUGAAAUGGAUGCACACCUAUUUCUUAAAAGGAAAAGAGCUCAUGAGUAUAGAGGUAACUACCAACAACUCCUGGAUAAGUAAAGGCAUUCUUAGUGCUAGGCAUGCGAUACAUAGUGUACAGCAGACCUGGGACAAGACAAAGGAUGGCAGCAGAUUCAGAAUGUGA